GUAUCUACUUCCGGUCGCAGUACGCAGGUCUGUGGGAAUCGUUCUGCUUUGGAGGCUGUUGUCGUGUUUGGCGCUAAAAUCAAACAUGGUUAAUGUGAAAGAAAGCAAAAAAUCCAAGACUACCGCCCACGAAAAAGAAAAUGCACCCAGUAGAAAGCGUAAAGCCAGCGGUUCCCUACCAGGCCAUCCUGCUUCAAAACAAAAAGAAUCUUGGUUCAUGGAUUCGGAAAACUACAUGUAUAAAGAACUCGGUGUUGGCCCGUUAACAGACAACAGUCAAGAUAGUAAUUCCAACAGCUGCCCACUAAAAACAUCUGUGGAAAAGACGCCAGCAACCCUAAUAUCCGACAACUGCCAGGUUCCUGAUGCACCUUGCGUGAUGGCCACCAGUCAUCUUGUAAAUAACUCUAACAGCAGCAGCCCCCAGAACCCUCGUAUUUUAAAGAGCUUGCCUCAGAGAGAUGAUGAUUUCAUUCGAAGGCGGAAGAAAGUUCUUUGUCGAUCUGGUUCAAGUUUGGCUGAGUUGCUUCCUGACUUGGUUCUGCUGAAUAUCUUCAAAUAUUUGCCCAAAGUUGUACUUACCAAGUGUGCGCAAGUGUGUAAAAAAUGGCAAAGAAUCAUGGAAUCCGAGUGUCUUUGGAAGCGCCUAGAUCUUGGCAACAAAACAUUAACCGAAGGAGUUCUUGGUCAGAUUCUCAACAGAGGUGUUGUUGUACUCCGACUAACGAGAGCUGAGAUAUCUUCUCCAAUCUACACUGGUCCAACUAGUGUCUUCAGUUCUACAAAGCUUUCUAAGCUGCAGUAUUUAGACCUGAGUAUAGCAAAUAUAUCUGUGCAGGGCUUGGGUGAGAUUCUGGCUAAGUGCCAUGACUUGCGUAAAUUGAGCCUUGAAAGUUGCGACGUCGACGAUGCUGUGUGUAGUUAUAUUGGUGAAAACAAACAGCUUGAAGUUCUGAAUAUGUGUAUGACCAGAGGAAUCACAGAUAAUGGCCUCAUGCCUAUUGCUUCCAACUGUAGAAAACUGGAAUCUUUAAAUCUUGCGUGGACAGGACUCGAACAACACAGCCUUAUGUAUCUUAGCUUAUGUUUACCUGAAAGUUUACUCAAACUAAAUAUAAGUGGGUUUCGAGAAAAUUUGACAGACGAAGAGGUUACCCAGUUAGUGAAGACUUGUCCUAAUCUCAUAACCGUGGAUCUCAGUGAUUCUUCAUUACUCACAGAAAACUCUGUCAAUGCAAUUGUUGGUUUGAAAAGCUUGGAACAUCUUUCUUUGACCAGAUGUAAUCGUAUCUUACCAGUUUCGCUUUAUUCCUUGAGCAACUUGCCUCACCUGUCUGUCUUAAAUAUUUAUGGAAUGUUACCUGAUGGAAUAUUGCAACAUCUCAGCGAUGCCCUUGGGAAAGUGGCUAUCAAUAAAUGUCCCUUCACAAAGAUUUCUCGCCCUACAACUGGUAUCCACAGAACCAGCAUCUGGGGUUUGAGAGUCAGAGACAACCCCCUAUGAAGUUCUUAUUCAUAUUUUUUUUUUUUCCCCUUCUUCCUCCUCCACUCAUUUCCCAGCUUAUCAUCAUCAUCAUCAUCAUCAUCAUUAUCGUUUUAAUUGAACUGAUCUAAGUAAAUACAAGGGUAGAUCAUUAAUCCCCUGUAUUUUGUUCCUGAAGCUCAGUGAUUGGAAGGAUUAACUUGUAGGUCCCUUUUCUUUUUAGGCACCACCCAGAUUGUGAUUUUUAUCCUGCUUCAGGACAGCACAUUGUAUUUUAUUACAUCCUAAUUAUCGUAGCAUUUCAUUGUCUAAUUAUCUCGAGACUUACUGUAAAAAUCAAACCCAUUCGUUAACACUGAAAUUGUUGUAUAUUGUUUAAAAUUGUAGGUUUUAUUUACCUUGAUGAAUUCGUUUCUUUUAUUUAAAGACUUUUAUUUGUUUUUUAAGCGUUAAAUUUCAUUGCAUAUUCUCUCCUGCCAAAUUCUGUGUAAAUUUUUAAUGUCAAAGCAAGGGAAUUUUUGCAAAAUAUUUCAAUUUAGUAACUGAUGAUUUAUCAUAUUUGAUGUCACAUAAAAGACACACAAACACAUAUUAGAUGCACCCCAGUGUCAACAACAUAUUCAGGGAAAAAUGCCUUUAGUGCCUUAAAGCUUAUAAGAGGUCCAACAUCAUGUAAAAAAAACUUGGGGUGGUGGGGGGGUUUUUUUGCGGAUGGGUCCUCAUGCCAUCGAAUACAAUAUAUAGGAAGCAAUGCUUAGAAACAAGAUUUUCCAUGUGGCACUUGUUACAGUCAAUGGAUAUUAUUUCUUGCCCAUGCUGUCUGUCUGUCUGCCUCGAUUGGUUUGUUUGUGUGCGUGCAUACACACAUACAUACAGACACACAGUUCAUACAGAAUUAAAUGUAUACACAAACAAAUGUAUAUUCAGCCAUACUAUUACAAAUUCUCACAUAAGCACACAUUCAUAUACACUUGUGCUCCUUACAUGUGACCUGUGUCCUAUUGAAUUUUCCUCCUGGGAAUUUUCAUAACAUCCUCAUGGGACCUCUGUUAGAAUCAUUGAUAGAGGCUGAGGUGGAGUGAGAAACGCUAAGCUGCCAUGCAGGUCUCACAAAUUAAGUUGUGGUCCUCAUAAUGCCAUGUGAUGUAUAUCUGUGGCACAAGUGGUUAGAACAUUGGCUGUUAAUCGUUUAGCGUCCGCUUUCCAUGCUAGCAUGGGUUGGAUGGUUCAACUGGGGUUUGGGAAGCCAGAAGGCUGCACCAGGCCCAGUCUGAUCUGGCAAUGUUUCUACAGCUGGAUGCCCUUCCUAAC